UUUGACAUGUGUCAAUAUUUAGAAUCGAGUUAACUAUCAAACGCCAAGCUUGUCAGAAGUCCUCCAUUUUAGCAGACCGUCAGAGAAAAAGGUAGGCUGUACUCAUUUAGUUGAGCAGUGUUAGGUCGACAGAGGAAGGGAGAUUUGGUUUAGACUGCUUACACUUGUAUACUUUAUGGAAGUCCCCAGAAUUGAAAAUUAAUCUGAAAGUCGACAAAUGUUCUUACAAAAUGUAUAGCUUUUUUAAUUGUAAAUGUGAUAUACUCAACAUGGAAAAUAUACAGGAUAGAGAAUUGUGUCAUCUUCAGACUACUUAGCAAAAUUGCAUUUGCCGAGUCAUUGGGUUGCCAUUGGGUUGACCCUUGGUACAGUCUAUAUUGUUAACUAAAUAGUGACCUAUACCCAUAGAAAGCCUCUUAGGUGUGAGAUGUUGCUGUCAGAAGUUUGGCUCCCAACAGUUUUGCUUUUGAGCCUUUUUGGCUCACUUCUAGAAUCAAAAGUGUUCCUUGAGCACAAUAAUGCAGUGCAGCUGCUUCGAGUGCGUCGGCCAAGGGCCAACUCAUUCCUGGAAGAGAUCAUGCCAGGAAACCUGGAGCGGGAGUGUUAUGAAGAGACCUGUUCCCAGGAGGAGGCGGCUGAGAUCUUUCAGACCAGAGAGAAGACGAUGGAGUUUUGGUACAGGUAUAACAAUCUAAAUCCUUGCUCCUACAACCCUUGUCUAAAUGGUGGAAUCUGCACUGUGGAUCGAAAUGGAUACCUCUGCUUGUGCCCCCCACGAUAUGAUGGCAAGAUUUGUUCCAUAGAGGUGUUUGAGUGCCAGUAUCAAAAUGGUGGUUGCCUGCAUUACUGUACCAACCAGGAACGCAUGUCUGGUGUCCUGUGUAGCUGUGCCCAGGGCUACCAGCUCGACGAGGAUGGCAAGGGCUGCUCUAAAGCAGUGCCGUUCCCGUGUGGUAAAAAGCAGAUUGGGUUCCGUCGUCGCCGGUCUCUGUUGGACGCCUCCCAGCACAUUGCCUCAACGUCACCCUCAGUCUCACCCCUUCCUAAUUCUUAUGGAAACUUGACUGUGGAAGGAAACUUGACUGUGGAGGGAAACUUGACUGUGGAGGGAAACUUGACUGUGGAGGGCAACUUGACUGUGGAGGGAAACUCCACCUCCCCAGUAAUGAACACAGAAGGCCAGUGGGCCGAGAACAGCACAGAAGUCCUGGACGACUUUGAUGAAGACACUCGUAUAGUGGGCGGUCAGCUGGAGAAGCAGGGGGGGAGUCCUUGGCAGGUGAUGAUCCGGAGAAAGGAUGGGUAUGGGUUCUGUGGUGGAACCCUGGUAAGCCAGCGCUGGGUCGUCAGUGCUGCCCACUGUUUCUCAGACAUGGUUCCUGAUCAUGUGAUCAUAGGAGACUAUGACAAGCAACGGCCCGAUAAAAACGAACAGAUGAUCACAGUGGAAAAGCUGGUGGUUCACCCUCACUUCCAUGAGUACACCUUCGACAGUGACCUUGCUCUGGUCUACCUCGCCCAUCCAGUGGUCCUGAGCGCUACCGCCAUCCCUGCCUGCCUUCCCAACAAUCACCUGGCUAAAUUGCUGGAUAAGGAGGACAUCCGGGGCGUGGUGACAGGCUGGGGAGCCACUCAGUUCCUGGGCCGCUCCUCUCGCUUCCUCAGGAAGGUGGUUCUCCCCCUGGUGGAUCAGAAAAAGUGUGUCCUCUCUACGGAGCAGGUGGUGACGGACAACAUGUUCUGCGCCGGAUUCUUGGAGGCCAAGAUGGACGCCUGUAGCGGAGACAGUGGCGGCCCUUUUAUGGUCAACUUCAGAGGGACAUGGUUUCUGACUGGAGUAGUGAGCUGGGGUGAAAGGUGUGCUGCUAAGGGUAAAUAUGGCGUUUAUACCAGACUAGGCAACUACCUGCACUGGAUCCAAGACACUAUAAAGAUGCAGGACCAGAUCAGCAGCCAGACCUGAAAGCCUACAGGACUGGAAAACAAACAUACUAAACAUGCAAAAUCUGGUGCUUAAGAGUUGUGAAUUCUUCAGAAUGUUUAACUCUCUUGUCCAAAGAAAUUUUAUUUUGUGAUCAGAAUGUUACAAACUGCCAUAAACCACACAAUAUGAGCUUGACUCAUGACUUGAUUCCAAUUGAGAUCACUGUCUUUAGUUUGUAUAUCCCUAUAUACUAUUAAACACCCCAAUAAUCCUGUCAGUUCUAUUUGCACAAUUUAUAUUAUUUCUGUCUAAUGUGACAAGACCAAUAAGGGAAUGAGUGAACCUGUGAAGAACUAAUUUAAGACAAAAGUCAACUACGUACAUAAGUAUUCUUGGUGACUUAAAUCGAAUACAAAGUUGCCUGCAGUAUAUCUUUGUUGUCUCCAAGCAUCAAUAAACAAGCAAUG